GUCAUGUGCUCAAUCCAGGUUACCAAGGUAUUGGCGUGUGGGUAGGGAAGACCUACUGGGGAGGCAGAUAGCGGAAGAAAAGAACGUGUGAGGAGGUCCCUGGAUUUAGAGUAGGGGUCUGGAUUUGGGGAAAAGAGAGGAACAAGUUGGGGAGCCACAAGACAGAGAGGGUCAAACAGCUGUCUCUUCCCCGCCCCGCUUUGCCUAGCGACCCACCGGCUUCUCUCCGGGCUUCUUCAGAGUGAGUGGUAGUGGCGAGAAAGGGAAACUGAGUGGUAAAGGGGAAACUGAGUCAGGACCCUGGCUUCUCCACCUCCUCCUCCUGGAGCAAGGAAGUGGAGGAAAGGCAGGAAAGGCACCCAGGCGCCAGACCCUUCCAGACGUGAGGGUCACGAAUGAAAAAAGUGUGCAGCGGCUGAGCUCUGGGAACCGGGGAGAGUCCUGGUGAAAGGGAGAAGGGCUGGCCAGCCAAGGGAUGGGGGCGUCUUGCCAGAUCUGGCCCCUGGACCUGGCCCUAGCUAGGCAGCGAAGGUUGCGGGAGCUCCAGCCUUGGGGAGUGGGGCAGGGGCAGGGCAGGGUAUGUGGGUGUGCGGCCGGGGACAGCCUGGGGAUCCAGAUCCUGAAGACUUUUUUCCCUCCUUAGUGUCCAGAGCCGCAAACACUCGCCUGGAAUAGCUCAGUGUUCACAGAGGAGGGACUUGGACAAUAGCGCUGACGGAUCAGCCAAUCCCAAGAAGAAAGGGUCUUGUCAAUUUGCAUAUAGCCACGUGAUUGGCUGGAUUCUUAUCCUCCACUCCUCCCCCACUGCCGGGAUUUGGAAGAGACAGAUCCCUCUGUUCUGGAGAGAUAGGGAGGAUGCCCUCACAGGGAGCGGCGGGCCACGAUCCCUCCCUCCUCCGUGAUGCGGAGAGACGUCUCUCACCGGUGUCAGUGAGGGGGCAAAUCGAGGAGGACCCAGGAAGCCCCUGUGCACAGUGAUGUCUGUCCAGGAAGGGAAGCCCCUGCCUCUCCCAAGAGUGAUGAGAAGUAUAAGAAGGACACACAGAACCAAGUUGGGCCAGGGGGCCGUGGGCAGCCCCUUGGUCAUGGACCCUACCAGCAUCUGCAGGAAGGCAAGGCGGCUGGCCGGGCGGCAGGCCGAGUUGUGCCAGGCUGAGCCGGAAGUGGUGGCAGAGCUAGCCCGGGGCGCCCGGCUCGGGGUUCGAGAGUGUCAGUUCCAGUUUCGCUUCCGCCGCUGGAACUGCUCUAGCCACAGCAAGGCCUUUGGCCGCAUCCUGCAGCAGGACAUUCGGGAGACAGCUUUCGUGUUUGCGAUCACCGCAGCGGGCGCCAGCCACGCGGUCACGCAGGCCUGUUCCAUGGGCGAGCUGCUGCAGUGUGGCUGCCAGGCGCCUCGCGGGCGGGCCCCGCCCCGGCCCUCUGGCCUGCCCGGCACCCCAGGACCCCCCGGCCCUGCGGGCUCCCAGGAAGGCAGCGCGGCGUGGGAAUGGGGAGGCUGUGGCGACGACGUGGACUUCGGAGAUGAGAAGUCCAGGCUCUUUAUGGACGCGCAGCACAAGCGGGGACGCGGAGACAUCCGCGCGUUGGUGCAACUGCACAACAACGAGGCGGGCCGGCUGGCCGUGCGGAGCCAUACGCGCACCGAGUGCAAGUGUCACGGACUGUCCGGCUCGUGCGCGCUGCGCACCUGCUGGCAGAAGCUGCCCCCGUUCCGCGAGGUGGGCGCGUGGCUGCUGGAGCGCUUCCACGGCGCCUCACGCGUCAUGGGCACCAACGACGGCAAGGCCCUGCUGCCCGCCGUCCGCACGCUCAAGCCGCCGGGCCGCGCCGACCUCCUCUACGCGGCAGACUCGCCGGACUUCUGCGCCCCCAACCGGCGCACUGGCUCGCCGGGCACGCGCGGCCGCGCCUGCAAUAGCAGCGCCCCGGACCUCAGCGGCUGCGACCUGUUGUGCUGCGGCCGCGGGCACCGCCAGGAGAGCGUGCAGCUCGAGGAGAACUGCCUGUGCCGCUUCCACUGGUGCUGCGUGGUGCAGUGCCACCGCUGCCGCGUGCGCAAGGAGCUCAGCCUUUGCCUCUGACCCGCCGCCGGGCCUCUAAACUCACUGCGCAGAGCCGCCUCUCGCACCUGCGGGACCUCAGGGCUCCAGCAGGGGGCGCUGCCCGGCCCGGCCUCUCCCUCGCGAAGGCCAUCUCCCAGGCCUCUGGAAGCGGCGCGGGGCUUGAGAAGUACGGCUACCCGGCUGCCCGCGAAGGCCACCGGCGCCUGGCAGCCCCCCAAAGGCGCUCGGGGAGUUUCUGAGGGAGACUAUACCGGCCUUCCUGCCUUUGGUCCCCAGGUGGAACCCAAAAAGCCAGUCUGUAGGCCUCUGGAUGUGAGGCUCCUCAGAACUGCAGGCCAUGGGAUGGGCAGGUGAAUUUAGUAUCAAUAAACAUAUUUAAACCAAUAGGACUGGACCCACAGUCUGGGAGGAGGCUGGUCUCCUGUGGGCUGUCAGAAGGCCAGGCUCCGGAACCAGCGUGUAAAGGGAGGUGGUUUUGAUGGAACUAGGGUCUCCGGGUCAUUUUACUGGUCCCUGUCCCAUCCCUCUCCAACGGGGCUGAGUUCUGGAAACCCUCCCUUGGCAUUCUUCUUGUUCACUCGUCACACGUCACACAUCUGGGGCCUGGAGCUGCAAGUUGGGGAAGAAACAGCAAUUCCUCUUUAUUAAAGGGACAGAGUGAAAGGGACGGUCUAGGAAAGGGGACCAGAAGCCUCUGGUGAUGUGCUCAGCUCUGGGACGAGCCCUUGUCUUAAUAUUUAGGGGAUUGUGUCUGUUUCUGUGACCCCUGGGGAAUUCAAGGGUAGAGUUUUAAGGCCAUGCAAGCCCAUAGGAUUAAAGCACUUUAUAAACUGUA